CCCCUUCCUUUUGCCUCGCCGACUCCCAAACCCUACCGAGCUCCUCCUCCUCCCUCCCCUCGUUGCGGCGGCGACAGAGAGAGAGAGAUGGCGAAGUCUCUGCGGUCCAAGCGGGAGAAGCGGCUGCGGACGCUCCGGCGGGAGAUCGCGGAGCCCUUCUACGACAAGAAGGAGGCCGCCAAGCAGGCCGCGCAGGCAGCCGCCCUCGAGGCCCCCAAGCUCCCCGUCCGCGUGCACCCGGCGUACGAGGAGUCCCUCGCCGCCGCAGCAGCCGCCUCCGCGGCCGCUGCCGCCAGCCGGGCCUCGGCCAUGGAGGUUGAUGGAGGAAGCAAGAAGUCUGCAUCCUUUCUGAAGCCAAUGGGCACCAUUAGCAAGAAGAAGGUACAGCUUCACUUGAAGAUCAAGAAAGACAAGAGAAAAGCUAGGAAGAAGGGAAAUUCUGGGAAGAAGAGUUACUAGAUGUGCGAGCUGCUCUGUCAUGUAUCAUGCAAUUUUGUUUCGUUAGUUUGAACAAUGCAUGUAACGGUAAUUCUGCUUGUGCGCCUAAGUGUUAACCAUCCAUUCUAGGGGGUGGCCAACAAUGUACUGAAAAACGUCUCAACGAUCACUCAAACGAAAAUAGUGUCUGCCAUGUUCAUCUGUUUGUACCCUCUUGUCUGAAGUUGAGCUUGAGCUCACCUGAUUAGGAGAUUAUGCUACUGUGAAAUAUACUUUGCUUUUGGUGAGACA